UUAUUCCUUCUUGUUCGAAAAGCUUUCUAAAUUCUCAAAAAAAAGAAAAAGCUUUCUGAAAAUCACUCUGCAUAGUGUGUUUUAGCGAAGAACAAAAAACAUGGAGAUUGUAAUGGAACAAGGCAAAAAAGCUAAUAAAGAAUGUUCUACAUUAAUACUUCCAGCUUUAUCAAUAGGAAACGUUGGACAAUUAGCAGUAGAUUUGUUAAUAUCAUCAACAAGAGCAGAAAAAAUUGGGUAUUUGGAUGAUCCAAAUGUUCUUCCAUGUGUUGGAAAUGACGCUUUUGGCCCUCUUCCUCAAGGAGACCUUGCUCUUCCUAUUGAAGUCUAUGAAUUAGCUUCUAAUAAAAUGACUUUGGUUCAACAAAGAUCGCCAGUAGUUAAGGGGAUGAUGGUUCAAUAUGCCCAAAAUUUGGCCGAUUUUGCUGUUGCUGCUGGAAUGAAGCAUGUUAUAUUGCUUUCUAGCUUGGACUUUGGACGAUGGCAAAAGGUCGAUAUGUCAAGGGGAAUGCCAAUAUAUUAUCUCUCAAGCACUAGUGCAGACGGUACUGAUGAUGAUUGUGAAAAGCUUGGAUGGAAACGGCUGCAGGAGUACAGUCCUUCUCAAAGGCGAUGGCAGUAUCUUUCUGCAAUUGCAGAAGGGAACAAUGUUGAGGAGGACGCUCUUCAUAUUGAUGAUGAUCUACGUGAAGAUGAAGAUUAUUAUGCCAGUUUGCCUUUUGCUGCAUUAUUUUCUUGUUUUAAGGCGAGAGGUUUGAAGGUUACUUGCUUGCUCUGUUACUGUUCAGAAGGAGAUAACAUAGCUGAUUCCUUUCAUCUUGCUGAGUCAGCAUGCAGAUUCUCUGGACUGCGCCUUAAGGAUUGUGAUGCUAGUGGAGAUGGAGGAUGGGUCACUCCACUUUCAUGGAAGAGUGUGUAUGGACCUCCCCCAGAUAUGGAGAUGUUCUAGGCUGAUUGAACUUGGAAAGCAUUGGACAACAAACACAUUAUGAAUUCAAUGUUUGAUAUUUCACCAAUCUAAGUGAGAGAAAACGUUAGCUGAAGAAGAUCCAGCUUAAAGGAGUUGUUUUGUGGCCGAGUUUAUUGGUUAGGUACUCUUCCAUAAUCCCUUUCUGAACUGGAAUUGUAUUCAUGUAUUGAUGGUAUGAGUUUACUUCUUGGUUAAGAUAGUAAUUGUUAACAUAUUCACUUUCUGCCUCUGUUCUGCGAAGUAAUUGUUAACAUCGUAGCCUUCUUUCUUUCUAGUUAUCCACUGUACUUGUGGGGUACAGAGGUGUUUUCGUUCAGUUAACUUAUAGGCAGUUAUUAAUCGUGUUUGCUUA